CGUCGCAUCCUGCCACUUUAUUUUAAACACGACUACAGGCGUGACACCAGGCCAGCUCUAUAGACCGGUACGAGUCGGCACUGAAGGAGCAACUGUAUCAAUGAUGGCCACGAAAAAGCUACUGGUUAAAGAUAGUAGCAACACUUUCAAUGACAAGCUUGUUACUUUUGCGGCCGAUGUUCCGGAAGAUGUGCUGUGCGCCUGCUGCUGGAACAUCUCCUCCCAGCUUAUGGCCGAUCCACGUGACCACCUGUACUGUAAGUCGUGCCUCGCAAUGUUGGACAACGACGGAAAAUUUGACUGCGUCACAGAUUAUGCAGUGCACAAUAUUGACGAGAUGAAAGACAGAAGUGAGAGAUUCCGUGAAGCCCUGAAGUUGAUAGCCAAUUGCCCUAACGAAGGCUGCAAUUACCGUGCCACCCUUCGGGAGAUUAUGACUCACUAUAAAACUUGCGUUGUUAAGAUGGCGAAGUGUCCACUAUGUCAGAAGGAAGUCAACAAGAAGGCAUUGGCAGCGCAUAUAUCAAGCGUCUGUGAACAUAGACUUGUCAACUGCCCUUACUGUGGAAUGGAAGUGGAAGACAGACAUCUGAAGAAUCACAUGCAAGACUGCGAUGAAAGGCCGGCAACAUGUCCUCACUGUGCUGAGGAGUUCGACACGUUUGCAGAGCUGCGGGAUGAGCAUUUGCCGACUUGCCGUUCGAAGCCUACAAAGUGCCCGUAUGCCCGUGUCGGAUGCAACUUUCAGGCCACAGCCAAUAUGAUGGAAAAACAUGCUGCCUCCUGCCAGCACUUGUCAUCCCUGAUCGACAGAGUUCUGCACCUGGAAGCAGAGCUGCAGGAUGUAAAAUCUGCGUUAGAGGAAGCGAAAAAAGACAAGGAACAGUUGAAGCAGCUGAUCGCCGAUAAAGAGGAUGAGUACCACAAAACGGAUGAGUACCUUCGUAAAAAUUUGCAAGAAGACAUAGAUGAAGUGCGAACUCAAGUUCAGAAAGUGGAGAGAGACUACAAGACAAGCGAGUCGGAUUUGAGGGCAAGGUUCCAGGCUCUGGAACAAAGGAACACAUUUCUUGAGGAGCCGAUAGGAAAACUGUUGGCUGAAAUGGCUACGAUGAAUUAAGAUAAAUAUUUCGCUUAACUUGGCCGUUCUUCCGUGAAGUGACCAUAAAAUUACUUCUUCUUGUUUGUGCAUUUGUAAAAUUGGUGGUCAUUGUGUCUUACAUUUAUUUAAGAAACAUGCUUAGACAAGUUUGUUUUCAGAAGGUUUUUUUUUCGAAUAAAUUUUGUUUUCGAGUGCACUGAA